AUGUAACAUUUUUUAUAAUUAGUUGAUCAAUAUGUAAUUGAAGAAAAAGUUCUUUUUUCAAGAUCAAUAUCAGAACCUAAAAAUAAAUUUGGAGGAAUAAUGACAAUAAUUCUUUAUGGAGCCAGCUUAAUCUAUUUUUUAUUUCAAUUCAUAGAAUGGAGAUCAAAUAAUAAAUUGCCAAAAACUACAACAACAUAAAUGCAAAUCGAUGAUCUUGAAAGAGUUUGGAAUGAAGAUGUUAUAGCUGAAAUUUGGUAUACUAAAAAACACUAAGAUCAAAUUGAUCCUUUUGAUCCUUAAUAAUUAAUAUAUUAUCCAAUUUUUCAAACUAUGCCUGCACAUGUAAUCUUAAUAUAUAUAUUUUCAUUAGAUAUAAUAAAAUUUUAAAUUUGAACAAAUCAUUUUAGAUGAUGGAAGAAAAGUUAAUAAAAUAAUUUUUGAAAAUAUGGAGCUAAUUGGAUCUCCUUAUUCCUUUUCUUCAUGGAACAAAGUUGAUUAUUAGCUUCAAUUUGAAAGAUGUAAUUAAGAUCUAUUAAAAGAUGGUAUGAAAUGUGCAGAUCAAAAUUUAUAUGAAAAAUAUUAAGAAUAAAAUAACUUAAUCUAGGUUUAAAUUUUUAUAUAAUAAUUUAACAUAAAAACAAAGAAAUUGGAUAAGAUUCCAAAAAUUUAUAAUGUAAAUUUAAUGAUAGGCAAAAUGGUAUAUUAUGAAGUUUAAUUUGAAGUUAAUUCAAUUAAUAUAGAUGAUGGAUUUUUACUUCCUAAUUCCAAUAAGUACUAAUUUUUUUCAAAUUUUUAUUAAUUAAAAUAUGAAUAUGAUUCUGAUUAUUCAAUAAAACAUUUUGGAGAUAGUCCUAUCUUAUUAAUUUACUUUACUAUGGAUUAAAUAAAGUAAUAAACAUUAUAUGAAUAUCCAAAAAUCUCUGAAAUACUUGCUGAUACAGGUAGUAUUAUUAGUUGGAUUCUAUCCAUAUCAUAUUUUAUUAUUAAAUAUAAUGAAAAUGUAAGUCUAAAUUAAAUGAAAAAUGAUAUUUUAAAAAUUUAUUUUUCUGAUUAUUAAAAAUUUAUAAUUAAGAAAAAUUGUUUUGGAAAAAUUAUUCAAAUUUAAACUAAUGAAAAGUAAUAUAAUAAAAAUGAGAUUAUUUAAAUCUUCCAAAAAUUAGAUUCAUUAGCAUUAGAAAAAUUAGGUUUUAAGAAUUUAUUGUAAGAAAUAUUCAAGUAAAUAUAAUAUAUAUUAUCUAGAAUUAAAUAUUUAUUAUAUAGAAUUCUAGGAAAAGAGGAAAUUAUAAGAUAAUCUGAAUAGAGUCAAAGUCUAGAAAAAUUAAUAGAAAAAUAUUUAAUACAAAAUACAAUAGUAUUUUAAAAAUCUUAGAAUUAAAUUGUAAAAUUAAAAUACUAUUUUAAAGAUACCCUAGGCAGAAUUAUCUCAUAUAAAUAUUUAAAAUUAGGAAUCUGA